UUUAUGCGAAAAAAAAAUAACGAGCGAACUUAUGUUUGUAUUAAUAUUGUUCUUGAUCUCAUUCUUUGAUGGAACGAAGUAUGGUGAGAGUAUUUAUAUAGUAGGAAUGCAGGAACCAGAUCCCUAUAUCAGUGACUUUGAAAAUAUUAGAGAGUAUUUCUUUCGCCCAUUAGACCCGGAGAUAACUAUGACGCCAGCAGAUUUGAUAAAAUCCAAGGGUUACCCUUACGAAAAUUACGAGGUUACCACCGAAGAUGGUUUCGUGCUGCAGUUACAUAGAAUCCCGUUCGGCAAAAAGCGGAACAACGCGUCUAACCUAAAGGCCUCCGUUUACUUACAGCACGGCUUGCUAUGCACUUCUUGUGAUUUCCUGAUGAACUUGGAGAACCAGAGUUUAGCAUUCAUUAUGGCCGAUAAUGAUUUAGAUGUUUGGUUAGGAGACACAAGAGGUAAUAAGUAUUCUAGGAAACAUAUAAAAUACACCACCAACGAUACAGAAUUUUGGGAUUGGAGUUUCGACGAGAUAGCCAAAUACGAUCUUCCAGCUGUCAUCGAUUUUAUCAUCAAGGUUACCAACAGAGAUCACCUAUAUUACGUGGGACAUUCUCAAGGGAGCAUGGUAGCAUUGGCGCAUUUCUCUCAAAAUCCUGAGAUGUCCAACAAAGUCAAGAUGUUUUUCGCGAUGGCGCCCGUAGCGUACUUAAAAAAUAUUCGGUCUCCCAUUCGAUUAUUCGCUCCUAUAACACAGACUUACGAAAUUGCAUCCAGAAUGUUUGGGCGCAAAGAAUUUUUGCCUAGUAACCAUAUGGUACAAUGGAUUGCUAUGUCGGUCUGUCCCUACGGAAUCUCGCUCAAAGUGUGCUCACAUAUGCUGUACUUGAUUGGAGGUCCGUAUACAGGAAAUUUUAAUGAAAGCAGAAUUCCAGUGAUCUAUGGGCAUUAUCCGGCCGGAACUUCUGUAAGAAAUAUUGCCCACUUUGGCCAAAGCAUUAGAACUGGCGAUUUUCGAAAGUACGAUUACGGAUUCUUCAAAAAUUUAAUAAAAUAUGGAAAGUAUAUACCACCAUCGUACGAUGUAACUCAAAUGACAAUUCCGACAAUGAUAUUCUGGGGACUCAAAGAUCUGUUAGCGGUUCCUAAAGACGUGAAAAAGUUGAUUCCGUUAAUCCAAAACCUGGUGGGCAAUUAUAAAUCCUAUAAUUCGAAUCAUUUCGAUUUCGUCUUCGGGAUCAAUGCCGCGAAAGAAUAUUAUUCUGUCAUAAUUCAAGCCAUACUGGAUACGGAAUUCAAUUCUUCAUUUAAGAAAACAAAUAACUCAUAAGAAUUUAUGUUUUUUUUUUGAAACAUUUUUAUAUAUUAAAAUAAUUU